UCGUACAGCCCAGUGUUAUUCGCAAUCUAGCAGUUGUCGCGAUCGGAAGCAAAUCGGAAAGUUUCCCUUGGUAUCCUAAAACCCGCAGGCGAAGAAUUUGCUGGUUGUGCUGCGACGGCGUCGACCGACGCAUUUCAAUUGGAUUCAGAAUAUAAUUUAUUGAAAUGUUGCCCUUUCGCUUGGGCCUGCUACUUGGCGCCGUGCUUCUCGUCGUGGCAAGCGCAAAUGGAGCUGCCAUCGAAAAUGUACUAUCGAAUGAAGAUGAGCUUUCUGUUCUGACCGACCUGCAGAGAGAGAAAAGAAGCGGCAGAGGCUAUUCAAGGGGACAAACCCAGUCUCAGUACUUAAACUUCGGCAAGCCCGAGGAGGAUGGCAAGGCCGAGGCGGAGGCUAGCGAAAAUGGAUCUCGGUCAACUGUCUCUGGUACCCAUGGCAUGGGUCAGGCCCAGAGUCAGUUUUCAUCAGGAGACUGCAAUGGAUGUGCUGGCUACCAAACGGAUUAUCCUUCAUCCGGCAUUCUGGAUGCUAGUGGAUCCGGCGGGGUCGGCAGACCCGCUACUAUCAUUAGCCUACCGGGAGCAGGCACGCAGGGAGGAUUGGGUGGUCAGUCUGGAGUUGGAGGUCAGCCAGGAUUCGGAAGACAACCAGGAGUUGGAGGUCAGGCAGGAGCCGGCCAGCCCGUCUACGGAGGGCAGCCCGGAGUCAGUGGACAGUCAGGAGUAGGAGGCGGACAGCCCGGAUACGGAUCACAACCGGGAGUUGGCGGACAGACGGGUAUCAGUGGAGGAAAACCCGGAACGCCUGGAUAUGGAACUCAGCCAGGAGCUGGAGGACAACCAGGAGUUGGUGGACAGACAGGAGUAGGAGGCGGACAGCCCGGUUAUGGAACACAACCAGGAGUUGGCGGUCAGACGGGUAUCAGUGGAGGACAACCCGGAUCACCUGGAUAUGGAACUCAGCCAGGAGCUGGGGGACAGACAGGAGCUGGCCAGCCCGGAUACGGAGGACAGCCCGGAGUUGGUGGACAGACAGGAGUAGGAAGCGGUCAGCCGGGAGUUAGUGGAGGACAACCCGGCUACGUAAGUCAGCCUGGAGUAGGUGGAACUCCUGGAUAUGGAUCCCAGCCAGGUGCUGGAGGACAGACAGGAGUCGGUCAGCCCGGUUACGGAGGACAACCGGGAGUUGGCGGACAAACUGGUGUCAGUGGAGGACAACCCGGAUCAUCUGGAUAUGGAACGCAGCCAGGAGCUGGAGGACAACCAGGAGUUGGUGGACAGACAGGAGUAGGAGCCGGACAGCCCGGUUAUGGAACCCAACCGGGUGUUGGUGGACAGACUGGUGUCAGUGCAGUACAACCCGGAUCACCUGGAUAUGGAACGCAGCCAGGAGCUGGAGGACAACCAGGAGUUGGUGGACAGACAGGGGUAGGAGGCGGACAGCCCAGUUACGUCAGUGGAGGACAGCCCGGAUCAUCUGGAUAUGGAACGCAGCCAGGAGCUGGGGGACAGACAGGAACCGGCCAGCCCGGAUACGGAGGACUGCCCGGAGUUGGUGGACAGACGGGAGUAGGAGGCGGACAGCCCGGUUUUGGAACUCAACCGGGAGUUGGCGGACAGACGGGUAUCAGUGGAGGUCAACCCGGAUACGGAAGUCAGCCUGGAGUUGGUGGUACUCUUGGAUAUGGAACUCAGCCAGGUGCUGGAGGACAGACAGCACUCGUUCAGCCCGGGUACGGAGGACAACCUGGGGUUGGUGGACAGGCAGGUCACGGAAGUCAACCUGGAAUUGGCGGACAAACGGGAUUCAGUGGAGGACAACCCGGAUACGGAAGUCAGCCUGGAGUAGGGGGAACUCCUGGAUAUGGAUCGCAGCCAGGUGCAGGGGGACAGACAGGAGUCGGUCAGCCCACAUACGGAGGACAACCUGGAGUUGGAGGACAAGCAGGAGUUGGAGGCAGUCAGCCCAGUUACGGAACUCAACCGGGAGUUGGCGGUGUCAGUGGUGGACAACCCAUAUACGGAAGUCAGCCUGGAGUUAGUGGAUCGCCUGGAUACGGAACCCAGCCUGGAGCUACAGGACAGACAGGAGUCAGUCAGCCCGGGUACGGAGGACAACCUGGAGUUGGUGGACAGACAGGAGUAGGAGGCGCACAGCCCGGUUUUGGAACUCAACCGGGAGUUGGCGGACAGACGGGUAUCAGUGGAGGACAACCCGGAUACGGAAGCCAGUCUGGACUAAGUGGAUCCCCCGGAUAUGGACACACAGGAAUCGGCCAGCCUGGAUACUUAGGUCAACCUGGAGUUGGUGGACAACCCGGAUACGGAAGCCAGCCUGGAGCUGGUGGUCAGGCAGGAGUUGGCCAAUACGGAGGACAACCUGGAGUUAGUCAGACAGGAGUAAGUGGAGGACAGCCAGGAUAUGGGGUCCAACCUGGUUAUGGAACACAGCCAGGGGUCGGGCAACCAGGAAUCGGUCAGCCAGGUUAUGCAGGUCAACCUGGGUAUGGAAGUCAGCCUGGAGUUGGUGGACAGGCAGGAGUUGGACAACCUGGAUACGGAGGACAAUCUGGAGUUGUUGGACAGCCUGGAAUAAGUGGAUCCCCUGGUUAUGGAACGCAGCCAGGAGCAUUACAGCCAGGGUACGCAGGUCAACCCGGAGUUGGUGCUCAACCGGGUCAACCAGGAUACGGAAGUCAGCCAGGAGUUGGCGGACCGGCAGGAUCUGGAACUGGGGUAUAUGGAACUCAGCCAAGUGUCGGCCAGGCCGGAUACGGAGGACAACCUGGAGUUGGUGGACAGUCAGGUGUCGCUGGUGUACAACCGGGAUAUGGAAGUCAGCCCGGAAUCGGUGGAAUCCAGUCAGGAUACGGAACUCAACCAGGAUACGGAACUCAGCAGGGUGUUGGACAACCCGGAUACGGAAGCCAGUCUGGGGUUGGCGGACAAUCAGGAGUCGGUGGCGUGCAGCCUAUAUAUGGUAGUCAACCAACAUAUGGCGGAUCGCCCGCAUAUUUAACUCAGCCUGGAGUGGCGGGACAGGCAGGAAGCCUGCCUGGAGCGGGAGGACAAUCAGGAGUCGGCCAGCCCGGAUACGGAGGCCAACCCGGGGUUGCAGGACAGGCUGGACUCGGAACUGGACAGACCGGAGGUGCCCAACCUGGUUAUGGAGGACAACCUGGAGUUGGCAGUCUGACAGGAGUCAGUGGAGGACAACCUGUAUAUGGAACUUCACCUGGAGUUGGUGGAAGUCAACAAGGGAUUGGUGCAUCUCAGCCUGGAUAUGGAACUCAACAGGGAGUCGGAGGUCAGCCUGGACUUGGUGGAUCUCAACCCGGAUACGGAUCACAAACUGGAACUGGAGGACAGAUAGGAUUAGGUGGCUCAGGUGGAAGCCAACCAGGAUACGCCACUCAGCCUAGUUACGGAACUCAGCAAGGCGGUGCUGGACCAACAGGAGUUGGACAACCUGGAUACGGAACUCAGACAGGAGUUGGCGGACCGACAGGAUCUGGCACUGGUGUAUACGGAACUCAGCCAAGUGUCGGCCAGGCCGGAUACGGAGGACAACCUGGAGUUGGUGGACAGUCUGGUGUCACUGGUGGACAACCCGGAUACGGAAGCCAGCCUGGAGUUGCUGCAUCCGGAUAUGGAACUCAGCCAGGAGCUGGAGGGCAGCAAGGAAUCGGUCAGCCCGGAUAUGUUGGCCAGCCUGGAGUUGGUGGACAGGCAGGAGUAGGAGGCGGACAGCCCGGAUAUGGAACUCAGCCAGGAGCUGUCGGACAGACAGGAGUCGGUCAGCCGGGAUACGGAGGACAGCCUGGAGUUGGUGGACAAGCUGGAUCAGGAGGCGGGCAGCCGGGAUACGGCGGACAACCAGGAUAUGGAACUCAACCUGGAGUUGGCGGAACAGUUGGUACAGGAGUAGGACAACCAGGAUACGGUGGCCAGCCCGGUCAGAUUACGGCACCAGGUCGUUACACAGAUGGUACAGGAGUUGUUCCUGGAGCUGGUGGUGUUGGAGGCGCUGUUGGUGGAGUUGGUGGAGCCGUUCCUACUGGCACCGGUGGUGCUGACGACGCAUUCUCUCAAGCCGAGUCGACCAUUGGCGACGGACAGGCCUCAGCAAGUGCUCAGGGCAAAAAGAAUGGAGGAACUGCUAAGACCCAAGUGUCUGGUACCUAUAGUUCCGGCGGAACCUUCAGCGCCAGUGCAAUGACCUCCGAUGCAGAUCGUGCGGCCAGUGCCCAAGUCACUGGUAAUGCCGAUGGAGCAGUAAGUCAGUCACAGGGAUCAGGAGGACCUGCCCAGUCACAGGCCCAGGUGCAGGUGGCUAAGGACGGCGGCACCAAGGCCUCGUCGCAGAGUGGUGGCAUCAUCCAACAAAGUCAGAGCGAGGUACACGCCAAUGACAAGGGUGGUCUGGCGGACGCCCAGUCAAGCGGACCUGGACAAACCUCAUCACAAGCACAGAUCGGCUUCCGUCCCGGUCAGGAAACCAAUCCGUCUGCGGCCAAUGGUGGCGGUCAGGCCUCUUCCUCAUCUGGCGCCCACUCUAGUCAGAGUAGCUCACAGAUUCACGGAACCUCCAGCUUUGGCGUUUCGUACCAUGGCGCUGCACAAUCCGCGUCGGGAACCAAGGAGCAGGUGGCAUCUUACAGAGAACAAAAUCGGGAACUCUUCAACACCAUCAGUCAGUUUGGCAACAAUGGCAAUGCUGUUACUGAUCGAUCCGAUGCUGUCUAUAGUGGACCUGCGCUUACAGAUGAGUCCGACAGGGUCCCAGAAGCUCAGUUAAAGUCAACCAAGCCCAAGGAAGAAGCUGAACUGGCACCGAGAAAGGCAGACCAGCCUGAGCCCGUUCAAUACGACGAUGAGGAUGAAACUGAACCGGAUGAAUACGAUGAUGAUGAGUACUACAACGAGAAGCCGGUGAAGCUAGAGGAAAGCCCCAAGCCAGCGAGCAUAGUUAAGCAACCAGAACCAACUCCAAAAUCUCAAGCCUAUGAGCAGUCAUCGCCCACGCAAACUCAAAAAGCCGUUGUAGUUCCGGUAGCUGGUGAAAAAUACCAAGUUGUGCAAAAGCAGAACAAUAAGGCCGUCAUCCAUACCGAACCAUCGACCACGGAGGCCGUACCACCGGGAUUCCGAGGAACCGUUAAUGUAGAAAAGAAAUUCCACACCAAGGCUCUGGAGCUGCCACCCAAGGGAGUGCAGAUUACUCCAGAAAGCAAUGAAGAGGGUCCCGUUCGAGGUGACAAGCCGAUACGACGUGCUCCAGAUAGUUAUGUCACGGUCACCAAGUCGGUUACUGGUAGCAUGGACAACAGCAAGAAUCCGCCACAGGAGAACAAGAACUUCCAGUCGACAUAUUACACCAAAUCCUCGACGUGCGGCUACUUUACCUUCUCUUGCAACAUUGUUUACGGUGCUAACGGUAGAAGCAAGAUCUGCCGGCCCAAAGCACCAGCCGCCAAUGGCAAGUGCUAGGGAAAAGCAUACUGCACAUUCCCGUAACCCACCCAUAUUAUAGUAGAUCAGUUCCAAUGGGGCUCAAUUGUAGGAAAGGCUUAGCCAACUGCCAUCUACAAUAACCAAUUUGUAUUUUGAUGCAGCUUGACCUUAAGCAUUUAAGUGUUUUUCGCAAAUAAUUUUAGAGUUUCACUGCCAUGUUUUAAAUAUUUCGUACGAUUUUCAAUUUUAAUUAAUAUUUAAAUAACAAAUCACAAAACACAAA